ACAUAUUCACAUACAUAAAAUUAACAGUGUUAUUUUUUACGGCAACAUUUGAGAAGAAAAUGUUUAUAUAUACACGAUUAGAUUUAAAUUAUUGUAUUGCAUUAUAUUAAACAUAUUUUUGAUGUUUAGAAUUAAAGUGUUAUUUGGUCGCAAACAUCGUAAAAGUUAAAAAAUUCAUUGUGACUUCUGACGAAUGCAGCAGUUAAUGAACUAAGAAACAAAAACAGUUGAAAGUGGAGUUUAAGAAAAGUCAAUACGCAUUUAAUUCAAUUUUAUUGAAAUAUAAAAAUCGUCUUGAAAAUAAUUUAACAAAUAAAUUAGAUGUCGGAAAAUAAGGAGGAAAUCCUAGCCAAUUUUCAGAGCAUAUCUGGCAUCGACGAUGUUGGAGAGGCAUUCUCAUAUCUCGAAGAGACAAACUGGGAUUUGAUGGCCGCAAUACAACGUGUCAUUCCUCAAGAUGAUGCACAUUCACCAAUGGAUGAUUUACCACCACCAACUUUAUCACAUCAAUUUUUAAGUAACAACUCGAGCAGCCAGCCUAAUUUAUUAAAUAACUUCUCUGCUGCUUCUUUAAAUUGCCGUCGUUGGGAAAAUUCGGAAAAUUCAGUUUCUGAAAGAGCAUUUGCACCAGUUGCCUCAACAUCAACAGAUGCUGAAAUAGUCGAUCUCACCUCGGAUAUAAACUUGGACUCAAAAAGCAAUGAGUCAAAUAUUAUAAUUUUUAAUAUACAUUAUAACCAACAAGUAUACACAAUACGACUGCCGUCUAAUGCAACUAUUGAAAGUUUAAAGAGUAAAAUUUGUGAUGUAACGAGUGUACCGACGUGCCGUCAAGCUUUACGAGGCUGGCCUCCAGCAAAACUACAGGAUGCACAGAAACCGACAACUCAAAUUCGCAAUUUAGACUUGUCUACAGAAAAUGAACUCAUUUUAAUUGACAUGACAGAAGAGGGCUUCAUGGAUUUCGAAAAUGAUGAAGUUACUCGCCGCUUAGAGAAAACUUUUGUACUAACCAUAGUAGAGCAACCAGGUGGACAGCCUUUUAAACUUAAUUUUUCUGGAAGAACUACAGUUCAUGAAGUGAAGACAAGUGUUUACUAUGUUACAGAAAUACCAGUCAGACUACAGGAAUGGACCGGCUGGCCAAUUGGGUGUGAUAAUAAUUCCACCUUAGCUCAAUCUGGUAUUGGUCUAAAUCAUAACUUUAUAUUAAGCAGCUCGGAGAGUAUACCUAGUUUAAGCUCAGCAGUACCUAUAAGAGCAUCAGCUAAUGCCAUUGCUAUUGACACAGACAGCUCUGCUGAUGAAUUUGAAGACGCAUCCGAUUUUAACACUUGUGAAGAAUUUUUCACUGAUUCACUACCAAGUUUGGUACCUACAAGACAUUUAAUUUCUAAUAAUACUGACGAUGAAACAACGGGAUCGAUCGAAUUUGUUGAAAAUUAUGUAAAACGUUUUGGAGAACCGCAUCCAGUUUUUUUUACGGGAAGCUUGGAAAAUGCACUUAAUGAAGCUUGUCACAAACCUGCUAGUGAAAGAAAAUUGCUAGCAAUAUAUUUGCAUCAUGGUGAAAGUAUACUCACAAAUGUGUUUUGUGAUCACCUAAUGAAACAUGAAAGUAUCAGACAAACUCUAGCACAGAAUUUUGUUCUUUACGGCUGGGAUUUAACACAUGAAUCCAAUAAACAUAUGUUCUUAUCUUCUGUUACUGCUUGCAUCGGUAACACAGCAUCUUUAACUGUACGAAAUACACCAAUUGAUAAGUUACCUUCAAUUUUACUGAUUGGAAAAAGCCGUUUGUCGGGACGUUCUUCGUGCGAAGUUUUAUCUGUGAUUCAUGGUAACGUUGGCUUGGAUGACUUAUUAUCUCGUCUAAUUGAAGUGAAUGAAAUGUACAACGAGCAUUUACAAGUAGAAAUAAGAGAAGAGGAGGAACGUGCAGCUCGACAUCAAGUAAAAGCCGAACAAGAUAUGGCUUACGAGGAAACACUACAAGCUGAUAUGGCAAAAGAAGCUGCCAAAAGACAAAAAGACGCAGCUAUUGCUGCUGAACGUCAACGUCUUGAAUCGGAAAAAGCAGAAGAAGAUGCAAGAAGAGAAUCCAUAAGAAUAGUGGCUGAGCAGUCUUUACCUACAGAACCAAUUGACACUGAAAGCAAUAUAACAAAAAUAAGAGUGCGAAAACCUACGGGAGAAUUCAUUGAACGAAGAUUUCACACCCAUAAUAUUUUACAGGACUUAUUAAAUUUUGUUGCUGCACAUGGUUUCAUCAUCGAUGAAUACAAAGUUAUUUCAAGUUGGCCAAGGAGAGACUUAACUUCCAUUGAUCCAAAUCAAACAUUGCAAAGUCUGAAACUUUAUCCCCAAGAAACCGUUAUUUUGGAGGAGCGAUGAUUAUUGCAUUAGCAUUAACGUUUCUAUCGUACCGAACUCAUCGUUACAACAUAAAUCAAUAGCAGUAAAUAAUUUAAAAAAAAAA